GGAAAUGUUUCUUCUUUGAGAAAGAUGAGUUAUGGGAGAGCAAGAGGUAAUAUUUUGAGAGGGAGAGGACAAAGAUUCCGCGGACAGAGAAGAGGUAACAGCCAGGCUGGAAGAGGUCAAGGAGGGAAUACUGCAAAUUCACAACAUCCUGGUCAAAGGGGAUCAAACCAAAGCAGUUCAAGACCUCAAGUACAGCAUCAGAGACCUCAGCAGGUGCAGACAAGCUUGACGCCUUGUCCUUACAAAACAUGGAAUUUGUACUUUCCUGACAGUGUUUAUAAUCCAGAGUCAUCUCUUGGAACUAAAGUUCAGGCCAUUACAAAGUUUGUGGAAUCACAUGCAGCCCAACUCUCAAAGGAUGAGAUUGAAAACAAAGGAGCUGUGGUGUUUGAUUACAUGGACCUCAUUUCUGAUCCAGAGCUUGCUGAGGAUUUCCCAUCACUGGCUGGAGAUUUGAAAGAUCAGCCAACAGUUGUUCUGCAAAGUAUUGGUCUGGCAGUAUCCCAGGUUCUGUGGACUGCAGAGACGGUAGACAGCCAACAAGGUGCACCUGUAAUUGAUUUACCAUACAUACAAGCCAGAAUAACAAACUUUGAGCCCAUCACUCCACUGAAAAGCCUCAAGUCCAACUAUUUUGGUAAAUUUGUGGCAAUCCAUGGGACAGUGAUUAGAGUGAGUAAUGUAAAACCUCUGGUUAAAAAGAUGGCCUUCUCAUGUAACCUGUGCAGUGAAACACAGGUAAUCCAUCUCACUGAUGGCAAAUACUCAAUCCCAUCUAAGUGUUCCUCUGUGGAUUGCCGUGGCAGAUCCUUCACUCCUGAAAGAAGUUCACCAAUGACAGAGACUAUUGAUUGGCAAACUGUCAGAGUUCAGGAAAUCAUGGAUGAUGAUCAGAGAGAAUCUGGAAGAAUCCCUAGAACCAUGGAGUGCGAACUGACAGCUGAUCUAGUGGACAGCUGUGUGCCAGGAGACAUGGUCACCAUUACUGGUAUUGUGAAGGUUACAGGCACAGAGGAAUAUCGGAACAAGAACAACAAAGACAAGUGUAUGUUCCUGCUGUACCUUCAUGCUAAUGCAGUAAAUAACAACAAGGGUGCAGGGCCCAGCAGUGGAGAUCAGCAAACCAGUGGUCUGGCCAUGGAGUUUUCAAUCAAGGAACUGUAUGCCAUUCAAGAAAUUCAGGCACAGAGCAACCUGUUCCGACUAAUAGUUGGAAUAACAAACUUUGAGCCCAUCACUCCACUGAAAAGCCUCAAGUCCAACUAUUUUGGUAAAUUUGUGGCAAUCCAUGGGACAGUGAUUAGAGUGAGUAAUGUAAAACCUCUGGUUAAAAAGAUGGCCUUCUCAUGUAACCUGUGCAGUGAAACACAGGUAAUCCAUCUCACUGAUGGCAAAUACUCAAUCCCAUCUAAGUGUUCCUCUGUGGAUUGCCGUGGCAGAUCCUUCACUCCUGAAAGAAGUUCACCAAUGACAGAGACUAUUGAUUGGCAAACUGUCAGAGUUCAGGAAAUCAUGGAUGAUGAUCAGAGAGAAUCUGGAAGAAUCCCUAGAACCAUGGAGUGCGAACUGACAGCUGAUCUAGUGGACAGCUGUGUGCCAGGAGACAUGGUCACCAUUACUGGUAUUGUGAAGGUUACAGGCACAGAGGAAUAUCGGAACAAGAACAACAAAGACAAGUGUAUGUUCCUGCUGUACCUUCAUGCUAAUGCAGUAAAUAACAACAAGGGUGCAGGGCCCAGCAGUGGAGAUCAGCAAACCAGUGGUCUGGCCAUGGAGUUUUCAAUCAAGGAACUGUAUGCCAUUCAAGAAAUUCAGGCACAGAGCAACCUGUUCCGACUAAUAGUUGGAUCUCUAUGUCCUUCCAUCUAUGGUCAUGAGAUGGUGAAAGCAGGCCUGGUUUUAGGGCUGUUUGGAGGAACUCAGAGAUACUUAAAUGAUAAGAAUCGUAUUCCAAUCCGAGGCAAUCCACACAUACUGGUUGUGGGUGAUCCAGGAUUAGGGAAAAGUCAGAUGCUUCAGGCAGUAUCUAACAUUGCUCCUAGAGGUGUGUAUGUUUGUGGAAAUGCAACAUCAACUUCUGGACUUACGGUAACAUUAUCUAAAGAAAGUUCCUCAGGAGACUACUCAUUAGAAGCUGGAGCACUUGUCUUAGGAGACCAAGGGUGUUGUUGCAUUGAUGAAUUUGACAAAAUGGGAAGUCAGCAUCAAGCUUUGUUGGAAGCCAUGGAACAACAAAGUAUCAGUAUUGCAAAAGCUGGCAUCGUUUGCAGUUUACCAGCAAGGACAUCGAUCCUGGCCGCUGCUAAUCCUGUGGGAGGCCAUUACAACAAAGCAAAAACUGUAUCUGAGAACCUCAAGAUGGGCAGUGCUUUGUUAUCACGCUUUGACCUUGUUUUUAUUUUGUUGGACAAGCCAGACGAGGAAAUGGAUUGUAUGUUGUCUGAACAUGUCAUGGCGUUACACUCUGGGAAAAAGAGUGCAUUUGGGAUAGCCACUGCAAGACGGCGCUCAAGAGAGGAGAGUAACAGUGACGAGGAUGAGAUGAGAAGACAGUGGGAAGCUGACAAACCUCUCUCUGAACGCCUUAAGAUAGGUCGAAAUGAAGAGUUUGAUGCUAUUCCCGGGCCUCUUCUGCGCAAGUACGUCGGCUACGCCAGGACUUACGUCAAUCCCAAGCUUACACCCGCGGCAGCAGAAGUAUUGCAGAAUUUUUACCUAGACUUGAGACGCCAGCACCACUGCGCUGACAGUACUCCUAUCACAACCCGACAACUGGAGUCACUCAUAAGACUCACUCAGGCUCGAGCACGACUGGAGAUGCGCGAGAAAGCCAGCCAACAGGAUGCUCAAGAUGUGGUGGAGAUAAUGAAGUACAGUCUGUUGGACACAUUCAGCGACGAUUUUGGGAACCUAGAUUUUCAGCGGUCACAACACGGAUCAGGAAUGAGUUCCAGAGCACAGUCCAAACGCUUUGUUGCUGAGCUGAGUCGCAUAUCAGAAAGAGAAUACAAUUCUCUUUUCACUGUUGAACAAAUGAGAAGAAUAGCGAAGGACCUACGACUGCAGAUUCGCAGCUUCGAUGACUUCGUUUACGCUCUGAAUAAUCAAGGUUUUCUAUUGAAGAAGGGGCCUAGAGUCUACCAACUUCAGACCUCAAGCUGCUUGUAAUUUCGGAGUAAAGUGGCCACUCUGAAACUUAAACCUCUCAUCUUCAAAACCUGAAGUAGCUCUCUGUUUUUCGGCAUUCUUUCCGCCAAAAACAUCAGUCCGCCAUAUUAACUUUUACGUACUCAAUUCCUGAACGCCAGUCAAGCUUGCCGAAACUUAACUAAUCUCGGAAAGAAUCCUGAAAAACAGAGAGCAACUUGAUUUUGCUAUCAGACAGGUCGCAUAGACAUGAAGUAGCAACAUUUUGCUUCAAUAUGAAGCCACUAAUUGGUUUUGUUUCAAUUUUAGAGGUUCUGUAUAGGAGAAAAGAUACUUGUCAACGAUUAAAGUGGUGUUUAUUCUGUGUUA